CUAACAUUGUGUUUUUGUUUUGGUAAACAAAGUGAGCAAAAAGUUGGAAAAGUGAAAGAAUUUUCUCCAAUUUUCUGUUGAUUUCCUUUAAUAAAAACGUUUUUCGUGUGGAAAAAAGAUAAAGGAAGAGAUGGAUGAUUGGAGUGUGUGCAGACUUUGUCUGGAAUCAAGUGAAGGAGGUCUUAAAGCCGUUCCUGAAGCAUCAUACAACAAGAUAUCAUUUGAAAGGAUGUAUUUUGAGUUGAUUGGAAAGUUUCUGAGGGAAUAUCCAACCUUUCCGGCUCUUGUUUGCACAAAAUGUGAGCAGCUUUUGAUACAGUCCUACAUCUUCCGGGAGAAAUGCCUUGAAACUGAAGGGAAGCUACAAACGAUGCUGGAUGAGAGGCCAAUUAAGCCCCCAAUGACGACAAAAACGCCAAAAACAGAGAAAGUUAGUGAUUUUGUCAUUAAAUUCCUUUCGGAGCCAUCACAACCUCAAGUUGCAGUUCCUAAACCUCCUAAACCUGACCCAGAACCUGCAAAAUCAACCAACAGCAGGCUUUCUGCAACACUAAAUAUUGAGGAUCUCAAAACGAGGACAAUUCAAUGCAAGAGAUGUCGUGAUUUUUUCAAAGGACUCGACUGCUUCAAAUCCCAUAAAUGCUUUCAAGAUGACAAAGCAAAGGAUAGCCCGAAUGCAGUUCCUGCUAAAAAACCCCAAGUGAAGAAAAGGAUAAACAAGAGGAAAUUUUUCAAAUGUUCAGAAUGUCCAAAGACAUUCAGGAGCUACCACAAUCACCAAGCUCACAUGGAUAAGCAUAGAAACAUAAAACGGUAUUCCUGCCACCACUGUGGGGCAACCUUUUCGGACUGGGUGGUGAAGAGGACUCACGUGUACAAGGAGCAUCUGAAGAAAUUUUUAUGCGAAUGCGCUGAAUGCGGUAAAGGGUUCUACAGGAAGUUUCUGCUGAAGCUGCACAUUGAGAAGGAGCAUCUGAAGCUAAACGCACAAUGUGAAAUCUGUGGGAAGACAUUUAAGCAAAAAUAUGCACUCCCAAAGCAUAAGCAGGAAGUCCAUGGUACGAGUAAGUUUUCCUGCAACAUCUGCAAAAAGGAAUUGAAGACUAUGAGGACACUCAAGCAUCACUUGCUUACUCAUGCGGGGGAGAAGAAUUACGUUUGUCCCGUAUGCUCUCGAGCCUUCACGUGCAAUUUCUCCCUCAAGGGUCACGUGAGGAAGCAGCAUCCGGAUGAUGUGCAUCUCCUACCUCCAGAUGGGACGAUUGUUAAUCAGAAAUAUUUGAAAAAGACGAGGAAAUAAUGAAUUUCAUUUUCUUCUAUUUAUAAUAAAGAAAGGAUUUCGCGCACGGAA